UCGGGCUGUAUGAAGAAGCAGGCAGACCUUAGUUAGAGCGUAGUGAAGGCGCUGGGAAAGUUCUGCCGCGUCAAGUAGAAAUUGGCAUUAGGCACUGUCGGGAUUUUCGGUUCUUUUACAUUUUGAAUGAAAUAAGGAAACUUAUGUGAAAUGGUUCGCUAUUAUAAGACAAGCUCCUAAGCCACUUGCUGUGGUCAAAAUGCACAGAGCCAUGCGUUGGACAAUUUUAGCAUCGUAUUUCUUAUCAACUGUUUUGGGGAAUAAAACGGACAACCCUGUUCCCUUGUUCCAUGGACAUGUAUUUGAGAACUCACCACCUGGGUCAAAAGUAAACGGACUUGGUAUCCCAGUGAAGCGGACGGACUCACAAAAAUGGUGCCCAAAUACGGGUACGCACCUGAAACUCCUGGGGGCCGGCAGUGAGGAUUUCCACGUCUUUGCCCACCACAAACGCGGUCACGUAUUGUUGAAAACCUCCAAGAUCUUGGACAGGGAAGAGAGGUCUGAAUACCUCCUUAGCUUGGGGUUAUGUUGCCAAACUUGUUCUUCGUCUGACCGUGUGGUCGCCAAAGUUGCAUCUGUUAAAGUUGACGUAUUGGACACAAAUGACCAUGAUCCAUCUUUCAACAAUGCAUAUAUUAAAAUAACUUUGGACGAUGCUACGGCACUUCGAUCUGUAGUGUACAAUGUGAAGGCGGUGGACACAGACAGUGGAAAUAAUGCCGAAUUGAUUUACUUCGGGAUUCCAAAAAACGGAAGUUUCUAUGUUGUACCAAAAACCGGAGAUAUUUUACUGGUGGAUUCCAUACUGGGUCUGGUUACCCCGAUUAAGUUCCGUGUGUUUGCAAAAGAUCAUGGGUGGCCGUCUAGAACUAGCCAAGAUAUGGAAAUCGAGAUUAGUCCACGACAGUGGUCAGCAGCACCACCGUUCAGAGCGAGUAAGCUAAUUGGACUUCCUCGGAAGUCGAGGUCUCUUCUGGAGUCUGAAAACACGGUCAUUAUCAAUGUCUCAGAAGACGCUGGCAUCGGUUCUGUUGUGAUGAACCUGAUCUCUGCGAGAUUUCAGGCAGCGACCUUUGAAUUGGUGUACCCCGACCUAGAGAAUACGCCGGUCACCGUCAGUCGGGACAGCGGGGAUUUAGUGAUUGCUAGACGACUUGACAGGGAGACAGAACCGAUUGUGGAGAUCACUGUUAAAAUACAGGAUAAACGAGGUCCAGACUGGUACCUGAUCCAAGUAGAGCUGAUUGUGACCGAUGUGAAUGACAAUGCACCGGAAUGGACCAUGGUCCCAUCCCCCUACCUGGCUGUGGUGGCCCCCAACGCCCCGCCCGGCUCUCUGGUGUACAAGCUUCAGGCACACGAUGGGGAUGAGGGCAGCAACGGGGAGGUGGAGUACUUCCUGUCUGAUGGUGGUGAUGGCCGCUUUGAUGUGGACAAGAAGAGCGGCCAUAUCAAGACGACAGGAUUGCCCCUGCAGAAGGACAGGGAGUACCUACUGAAUGUUGUGGCUGCUGACAAGAUGGGCAGCCGCAGUCCUCCAGCCUUGGUGUCUGUGGUGGCGGGACCCAGAGCACCCCAGUUUACCAAUGCCUCCUACUCUAUCUCCAUUCCUGAGAACACACCCGAGGGACAGCUGUUCUUGAUGACCCCGGCUGUGUCCUUCCAGAAGCAUCCGCUCAGUUACAGUCUGCUGAUCAACCCCAGCAGCCUCUUCUCCAUCCAGCAGGAAACGGGCGAGAUCAGCCUGACCCGCACCAUUGACUUUGAGAGUGACCAGCAUCGCUACCUGCUGCUGGUCCGGGCCAGUGAGAGCUACAACAGCCUGAGCAGCGCUGCCGAGGUCCGAGUGCUGAUAACAGAUGAAAAUGACUGUGUCCCAGAAUUCCUACAGUCCAUUUACAGCAAAGAUGGGGUCCCUGAGACUGUAACCACGGCAACCUCUCUCCUACAAGUGUCGGCCAGUGAUUGUGACUCAGACCUGAACGCCGAGCUCACCUACUACACGCUGAGCCCAGACUUCAGCGUAUCGCCCCAUGGCACCAUCUUUCCGGCCAGGCUGCUCGACUACGAGCGCCCCAACCACCUGUAUGAGUUUGUGGUGAUGGCCGUGGACAAGGGGGAGGUUCCUCGCACGGGAACUGCCACCAUCCGCAUUCGCAUGGCCAACGUCAACGAUGAGGCGCCGCAGUUCUCUCAGCUGAUUUAUCGGACCUUUGUCUCCGAAGAUGCUGGGCCCAACACACUGGUUGCUACGGUUUUAGCCAAGGACCCCGACGGAGAUGGGAUCACAUACCGGAUCAUAACAGGCAACAACGAGGGCAACUUUGUUAUUGACAGCCAAAAAGGGCUGAUCCGCCUACGCUCCAGCCCCCCUCCGAAACUGCAGGGCCUGGAGUACAUCCUCAACGUCACCGCAACGGAUGACAAUGCCUCCGGUGGGCCUCAUGCCCUCUCUUCAACUGCCCAGGUCAUCGUGGGAGUGGAUGAUGUUAACAACAACAAGCCCAUUUUUGAGAAGUGCCAGCAGUACAGGGAGAGAACCUCGGUGCUGGAGAACCAGCCCGCUGGAACAUUUGUCCUGCAGGUGCACGCGGCCGAUGCAGACGAGGGAGCCAAUGGGAAAGUGACUUACGGAUUCAUGCACAAAGACAGCACAAUACCCGCCUUCAGCAUCCAUCCAGACACAGGUGUGAUCGUGACAGCCAGGACAUUCGACCGUGAGAAGCAAAGGGAGUAUGCUGUCACGGUAACAGCCACGGACCAAGCAGCUGAACCCCUGAUCGGGAUCUGCCAGCUCAAUAUCCUUAUUCUAGAUGAAAAUGACAACAGCCCCAAGUUUGAGAACCUGCGAUAUGAAUACUUUCUGAGGGAGGACACUAUGAUUGGCACCAGCUUCCUCCGUGUGGCGGCGCACGAUGAUGACUACAGCACCAACGCAGCCGUCACUUACUCAAUGUCACUGGAGCAGCCAGAGUACUUCAGAGUCAACCCCGUCACGGGCUGGGUCUAUGUCAGUCAGCCCAUUUCACAGAGGUCUUACAUCACAAGGGAGAUCAUAGCCACUGAUGGAGGGAACCGCAGCAGUAUGGUGGAGCUGGCAGUCACCAUCACAAAUGUGAAAAACCAGCCCCCGCAGUGGGAGAGGGACAGUUACGAUGUGGUGAUCCCAGAGAACACCAUGAGGGACACUCCUAUUGUGACGAUUAAGGCCACCUCCCCCUUGGGCGACCCCAGAGUCACGUACAACCUGGAGGACGGGAUGGUGCCUGAGACCAACAUGCCCGUGCGCUUCUACCUGACGCCCAACCGUGAGGACGGCUCCGCGUCCAUCCUGGUGGCGGAGCCUCUGGACUACGAAACCACCCGGAACUUCAUGCUCAGGGUCCGCGCUCAGAAUGUGGCGGCCGUCCCUUUGGCUGCUUUCACCACUGUCUACAUCAAUGUGACAGAUGUCAACGACAAUGUCCCUUUCUUCACUUCCUCCAUCUAUGAGGCUGCGGUAACAGAAGGGGCAGAAGUUGGCACCUUGGUCCUCCAGGUGUCUGCUAAUGACCUGGACCUUGGGAUCAACGGGAAGAUCUCCUACUCCCUGCUGAAUGAUCGUAGCGGGGAUUACCGGUUCUUCCGCAUCGACCCAGAUAUGGGGGCCAUCUACACAGAGGCGGUGUUCGACCGGGAGAUGAAGGGCUCCUAUCUUUUGGAAGUGAAGUCCGUGGACGGGUGGGAAUCGUCCCGACCCGGAAAGCAUGGACAGCCCAACUCUGACACGGCAUACGUUCGCAUCUUUAUCAGUGAUGUGAAUGAUAACAAGCCCAUCUUCGCUCAGAGCGUCUAUGAGAUCGAUGUUGAUGAGGACGCGGAUGUUGGCUUUGCCCUCGUCACUGUCAGCGCUAAUGAUGGGGAUGAAGGUGCCAACGCCAAGCUGCGCUACCAGAUCACCUCAGGGAACACGGGAGGUGCAUUCGAUGUGGAGCCCGAGGUUGGAACCAUUUUUAUCGCCCAGCCACUGGAUUUCGAACACGUGAAGAGGUACAAACUGCAUGUUGUGGCAUCAGACGGCAAGUGGGAGGACUACGCUGUGGUCAUCGUCAACAUCCUCAACAAGAACGAUGAGCCGCCUGUCUUCUCCAUGAACGAGUACUAUGGCAGUGUGACAGAGGAACUGGAUGGCUCGCCUGUGUUUGUGCUACAGGUAACAGCAACUGACCCAGAUAAAGAUGCCAACCAGGAGGCCCUGAGGUAUUCUCUCCAUGGUCAGGGAGCUGAGAGUGAAUUCAUCAUUGAUGAAGUGACGGGGAAGAUAUACGCCCAGAAGACCUUGAACCGCGAGGAGCGGGCAGUUUGGAGGUUUGUGGUGCUGGCCACUGAUGAGGCGGGGGAGGGGCUAACUGGCUUCACUGAUGUCAUAAUCAACGUGUGGGAUAUCAAUGACAAUGGGCCUGUCUUCAUCUGCAUGCCUGAUAACUGCAAUGGCAAUGUCCCUGAGAACUCAUCCCCCGACACCUCAGUCAUGGAGAUGACUGCCUCCGACAUGGAUGACACUACUGUGGGUCAAAACGCCGUGCUCACCUACAGGGUUGUCGGGAAUGCUCGAAAUAGUGCCAGUACUGACUUGUUCAGCAUCAACCCUAACACUGGCACGAUCUAUGUGGCAGUAGGCAACUUGGACCGGGAGAAGGUGGAGAAGUACCUUCUGGUGGUGGAGGCUAAGGAUGGAGGGGGCAUGACAGGCACAGGUACUGCCACUAUCCAGGUUACAGAUGUCAAUGACCAUGCCCCCCGGUUCACUGAGAAUGCUUGUGGUGCCCGUAUCUCAGAGAUCAGUGAGGUAAACUCAGCCGUCCUGGAGCUCUCGGCCACAGACGAAGACGUUGGGGAGAAUGCUCAGCUGACUUUCAGCAUAGUAGGAGGAGACCAGGACCAGAAGUUUUACAUGGUAAGUCACAGGCAGGAGCAGCGUGGGACACUUCAGCUAAAGAAGAGGCUGGAUUAUGAGAAGUCCAGUGAACAAUGGUUCAAUCUCACCAUAAAGGUUGAGGACCUAGACUAUUUCAGCAUGAUCCAUUGUGUCAUUGAGGUGGAAGAUUACAAUGACCAUGCACCAGUUUUCAUCCCACACUUCUAUGCCCUUACACCGUUGCCUGAAGAUGUCCCCGUAGACACCAGCAUCGCUAAGGUGGUUGCCAGUGACUCAGAUUCUGGUCUGAACCAGGAAAUCACGUACAGCAUCUAUUCAGAAUCCGACCCAUACAAUCAAUUUUCAGUGGACCAGACUGGAGUGAUCCGCGUGGCAAGACCAUUGGACAGAGAAAGAAUGGCACAGCAUUACUUAGUCAUCUUGGCAACAGAUAGCGGGAGUCCGGCGCAAACAGGGAGUGUCACGGUUCAGCUGAGUUUGCUGGAUGUCAAUGACAAUGGGCCAGAGUUUGAAAUGGCCUACAUGCCUGUAGUGUGGGAGAAUGUUCCGGGUCCGCAGAUCGUACAUCUCAACCAGACUUCCACGCUGUUGCAUGUGGUGGAUCGAGACUCUGCAGAGAACGGGCCUCCCUUCACCUUCACCUUGCCCCCAGAGUACUAUGAUGGAGGCAGUUUUUUCCUACAGGACAAUGGAAAUAACACAGCUACCAUCACUGCUCUGCGCACCUUUGACCGUGAAAAGCAUAAGGAGUUCUAUCUGCCCAUCAUCACAAAGGACAGUGGCCACCCCUCCAAAAGUGUCACCAACACUCUGACCAUCACUAUUGGCGAUGAGAAUGACCACGCCCACCAGGCUGGGGACAAGGAUAUUUACAUCAACAGCCACAGAGGAAGGAUGCCAACAGCAGUCCUGGGCAAGGUUUAUGCUCCAGACCCAGAUGACUGGGACAAUAAAACGUAUGCCUUCGCAGGACAUGUGCCCAACUACUUCAUUCUAAAUAAAAGGACAGGUUUUCUGAUCAUCAAGGAAAACACACCACCAGGAAACUACAAGUUCAAGGUGCAUGUUUCCGACGGUGUUUGGCCAGACGUCGUGUCCAGUGUCACCGUGCACGUUCAGGAGCUGCUUGAUGACGACAUCUACAACUCUGGCUCACUUCGCCUAGCAGAUAUCACAGCCAAGGAGUUUAUCGAGCGCCAGGGCGAUGCACGGAGCCGAUACAACAUGUUCAGAGACUUUCUUUCCGAGAUGCUGCCCACCAGCUCUGACAACAUCAACAUCUUUGGCCUGAUGGAAGUGCGGGAGAGGACUCUGGACGUGAGGUUCUCUAUGCAUAGCGCCCCCUUUCUGAGGUCAGAGAAGCUACACGGAUACCUCGCUGCUCACAAGCAGAAGCUUCAGUCAUUUCUCCAGGUUAACAUCAGCCAGGUGCACAUUGACGAGUGUGUGGACAUGGACUGCGGGAACAGCAGUGGCUGUUCUAACCACCUGACCAUCAGUGACACGCCUACUGUGGUGGAUUCUGGGAGCAUGUCUCUGGUGUCGGUGACGGUGAUGGACGCUCCUGUGUGCAGCUGCUCGGGAAGAGACCAUGUGCACCAGACCUGUGCUUCCUAUCCCAGAAACCCCUGCUACAAUGGUGGAACCUGCAUUGACAGCCAGAGUGGAUACAGAUGCCAGUGCCCUCCGCAGUUUGAUGGCCCAGACUGCCAGCAGACCAAGCACAGUUUCCAUGGUGAUGGCUAUGCUUGGUUUCCCCCCAUAAGGCCAUGCUUCGAGAGCCACCUCUCCCUGGAGUUUAUCACCGAGGCUGCAGAUGGCCUGCUGCUCUACAGCGGGCCAGUGUCCCAGUUACAGCCAUGGGACCCUGAGGACUUCAUGGCGAUAGAAAUUAUUGACGGCACACCUACUUUGAAGAUAAACCAUGGCUCUGGCACCUUGGUGCUUCAGUUGCCAAGCAACGUGGAUGUAGCCGACAGACGGUGGCACAGGCUAGACGUAAGGAGCAAUAGUAAGGAAGUGCGUUUCACCCUGGACCGCUGCAGUGGUGUCACCGUCAUGGAGAUGGAGGGCGUGGACAGAUGGCUGACAACUGAAGACCACUCCUCCUGUGAAGUCACAGGAGUCACACCAAACCUGGACAGGCACCUCAAUGUGACCCAAGUAUUGCAGCUGGGUGGAGUCAAUGAGAAUCUACCCUACAUCUACCCUCAGUUACAGCACAAGCACUUCUCAGGCUGUAUCCGCAACCUGGUGUUGGAUAGUAAGGUGUAUGAUCUUGGGUCUCCUGCAGACUCUGUGAAUAGUGCCCCAGGUUGUCUAAUGACAGAUGGAAACUGCGUAAACAUGGGGUACCCAUCCUGCGGACCCCAUGGCCAAUGCCAUGGAGAGUGGGGUUCCUUCAGCUGCCAGUGUAUGCCAGGGUACACCGGGCACCAGUGCGAGCGGGAGGUCCCCGAGUACUCCUUUGAUGGGCGCAGCUACAUCCAUUUCCAGUUGGGGUCCCCCCUGCCAGCCCGCAGGACAUUGGUGCAGGCUCUGGUGCGGACCCGGAAACACUGGGGUGUCAUUAUCAGCCUGUUGUCCAAGGAGCAGAGCGAGUACCUGCGCCUGGAGAUCUAUCAGGGCCUGCUGGCUGUCUUCUACAACCUCGGUGAUGGGGACUACUCCCUUACACUACCCUCCUAUCGUGUUGACAAUGGGGAGUGGCACAAGGUCCACCUGGAUCGCUACGACAACGAACUGACCCUGCGGCUCAACGGGGGAGGCGGGAGGCGGGAAGUGACCGCGUUCCCUGGGCGGAGCCGAGAGAUCGUCAUUGACCCAGCGGGGGUGAUGCUGGGGAAUUCCUUCCCCUCCGGCCACAACAAGAGCUUUCAAGGCUGCAUUCGGGACCUGAGGCUGAACGGCCUGUACGUGCCCAUGGACGGGCAGGCCAAAGAAGGGAUAUCGGAGGUGAGGUCGCAGGGCGUGUCUAUGGGAUGCCCCUCGGACUCCUGCAGGAGGAACCACUGCAGCCCCCCCUUCAGCUGUGUGGAUCUGUGGAGGAUGCAUGAGUGCAGGUGUCCUCUUGGUCACAUGGUGCAGGAAAACUCCACUGGAAAGUUCUGUAUCUACACCUUGUGUGCCAGCCACCCAUGCCACCGUGGCACCUGCAUGGCGCAGUCCCCAUCCAAGUUCACCUGCCAGUGCCCUGAGGGCUACAGGGGGCGCCACUGUGAGGUCGCGCUGGCCGUCUACCAUGACGAUGUUGGGCUCAGCUUCAGCUCCCUGUUUGCCAUCUGCAUUUGCUUCUUGGCUCUCCUAGUGCUACUGCUGGGUAUCUUCCUGUGGUCACGCUGGAGGAGCUACAAGGGCCUGAAGGAGGGUGUGUACCAUGUGUCGGCGCACCACGACGGUUGGGAGGACAUCCGGGAGAACGUGCUGAACUACGAUGAGGAGGGUGGAGGGGAGGAGGAUCAGAAUGCCUAUGACAUGGCAGAACUGCAGAAGUCUCUCCAGCCUAGCCCAGCCCAGUCCGUACAGUACGGCCGUUCCCGGGGGGGUCAGUACCAUGCGCACGUGCAGCAGGACACCAACAAGUCCAGCAGCAGCAGCAGCACCACCACCACCACCACCACCCUACGCCGGGACGUCCCGCCGUCCUGGUCCCAGGCCCGGGGCCCGGGCCAGCCCGUCCACUCGGCCCGGAAGAGCCUGUCCUUCUCCAGCCAGGACCUGGCCCGCUACCUGUGCGAGAUCAUCCGGGACGCGGACCAGCACCCGGAGACGGCGCCCUUCGACUCGCUGCAGGUGUUCUCCACCGAGGGCGGGGGCUCGCCGGCCGGAUCGCUCAGCUCCUUCAGCUCCGCGGGCCUGGAGGAGGAGAGGAGCCACGACUGCCUGCGCGAGUGGGGGCCGCGCUUCGAGAAGCUCAAAGCGCUCUACGAGAGGGCCGAGGCCAGCGACCUCUGAGCGCCAUCUGCCAGCUGUUGAGGACACUAGAGGACCCUAAAGGAAAUUUAAGACAAGCCUUAUUACUGUCUUUUUGUCUGGAACUCGUGUUAAGUGGAAUGGGACUGAAGGGUACGGCACUUACCGUAAGGGACUGAGAAUUGCCUUUUUGUAGUGACUUGCUGAUGACAAUGAUUUCAGUGAAACGUGUUCUAUUUGUAAAUCAAAUCUUUCCAUGUUCCCCUUGGUACAAGACAUGCUGUUACAUGUACAAUCAGUAGCUUAAAAUGAUUGUGAUUUGAUGAAGAUACUCAUUACAUUACAAGAUUUAGCAGACGCUCUUAUCCAAAGCGACUUGCACAACUUUUUACAAAGCAUUUAUAUUGCAUCCAUUUAUACGGCUGCAUAUAUACUGAAACUAUGAAGGUUAAGUAUUUUUCUCACAGGUACAAUGCCAGUAUCCUAUCCAGGAAUCAAACCUGCAGCCUUUAGGUUACAAGACAAGUUCCUUACCCAUUAGUCACAUGCCAGCGUGACACCCCUGGGAGAGAGAUGCGGCAGUUCUGGGAGUGCACCAUUGGUUGCCACAUGGAAGGAGAGAGAGCGCACCCGCGCAAACACAGAAUGAAAUGAACAAACGUCUUCCCUCUUCCCCCUCACGGGUUCUGGGUGAAAACAAUAAACUAACACAACAAACUAAAAUAGUAAAGACAAAAAAAAAGCAAAGCAAAACUGAGCGGCAGCCCUUCGGCUCACCAUUCAUAGCUGGUUCUGCUUUUCAGCUUCCCAGCUCCUCCUGCUUUUCAGCUUCCCAGCUCCUCCUGCUUUUCAGCUUCCCAGCUCCUCCUGCUUUUCAGCUUCCCAGCUCCUCCUGCUUUUCAGCUUCCCAGCUCCUCCUGCUUUUCAGCUUCCCAGCUCCUCCUGCUUUUCAGCUUCCCAGCUCCUCCUGCUUUCAGCUUCCCAGCUCCUCCUGCUUUUCAGCUUCCCAGCUCCUUCAGCUUUUCAGCUUCCCAGCUCCUCCUGCUUUUCAGCUUCCCAGCUCCUCCUGCUUUUCAGCACCGGUUCACUUUCUCUGUCAUGCUCUGACAAAGAAGGCUGAAACUAAAAUCUAAAACUUGGUCCGUGCUCCCGGUCUCAGCUCCAAGUUGUGGAGAGCAGCACACCUUUAACCACCUGGGCUGGUCUGUCAACGCAACCCAGGUGCGUUUGUUCUCUCCACCAGCCGGCACAGCCAAGACCAGUCCGCUUCUUCAGCGGACCGAAUGCCACACCAUUAUACUACACUGCCGCCCACUAUACUUCUGUAGGCUUUGAAAGUUAAGAAUGCUGUUUUUUUUAAUCAUCGAUCAGAAAGUAAUGCAAACAGGCAUUUUUUUCCUUUAUUUUCUAUUUUUCAAUCCCCCACAUAGAUGUGGAAGCCAAAAUCUGCGCCUUAUAUGGAGCUAAGUGCACUAACAAAAACAAGAACUAACACUUACAGGAUACCUCGUACAGCUUCAAAGAAUGGUGCCACGAUUGUACUUGAAGGUUCUGCUUCUGGGGUUAAUAGAAGGCCUGUGCACAAUGGCCUACAGUAUAAAUACUGCAGUGGAAAACCCGUAUGUCCAAAGAUAAUAAUUCACAUAAUAUAUUCUAAGGCUUGAAUCUUUGUGCUCCAUCUAACCUGCUGAGCCUACAUCAUGUCUGCAAGUGUUGAGAAUGAUCAGCUCAAAUGAAUUGCAAUCACGGGAAGAACCAAAGUGGCGUUGGUUGAGUGCUGGCAAUUCAGCUGAAAAGCCCAGUUUUAACCAAGUGAGAAUAGGACUUAUCCGGAAGGAUGAUUUGACUCUGGGAUAUGAAGUGACAGGAGCUGGGACAUUAAACUGAACAAAUCCAAAGUUUAUAUCCUUUAGAAAGUAUUUCAAAUGUAAUAACAUUUGCUCUUGUUUAAAGGAGCACAAAAAAUUCUUACCGCUUCCCACUUUCACGUUAACAUUGCUGUGAACAGAAUGAGAAACUGAAGAAAAAAAAAACACUUCUAGGUCGUUUUCAGAGGGACAAGACGUUUCACUCCUAUUAACAUUUCUGCGUUUUUUUCUGCCUAAUGUGUUGCUGCAGGGAUGAUUAUAUACAGUGAGGUUUCACAGAGAAAUGGUAAUGGAUUUAGAAAUGGUUUGUCCACAAUGAAAUGGAAUGAAAACACAUGUAGCAAGGUUCUUGUGGAAUGACAAAAUGCCAACACACUGUAUUAUGUGUUUCUCGGGGUACAGUUAUAAAACCCAGUUUAUCUUUUUUUAACAGAAAUCUGUUAUGCAUCACAGCACAGCUGUCAGGAAGAGGGGGCUUUUAAAAGACAUCAGAGUUCUAAUCCUAAUGUGAGAUGAUAGCUGGCUGUCAUGCUAUGAAAUGAAAAAUUCUUGCAUUUUGUGGCUACUCGAAGUCAAUGGUUUGGGCAUGCAUUUCAAGUGUGCCAAUUUUAAAAGGUAGCAAAUGAGUUGAAGUAAGAUUCACAUGUGGGAAUAGGGAAUGCUUCUGUAAUUCUGCCUAUAAAAGCUAACCUUUCUUCUGGAUGAAGUAUGAUUUGCUCCCUGAAAAUAUGAUUUGUUAGGACCUGGUAUGAGUGAGGGGUUAUUCAUUGCCUACAAAACUAAGUAUUAUUAAAGUGUGAACUAUAUAUCAUUUCAUUUAUGACUCAUAGGACUUUUCAUUUAUAGCUGGUGCUGUGUGUGCCAACAGUGUCUAACUCCUCACUUUUAAAUUUGUGCUAAUGGGUGGCUUUUGUGUGGUGAAUUCACAAAUUGUGAAAUUGCUUUUUUAUUUCUAUCUUGUUUGUACAUAGAAAAAUGACAGUAUAUGGUUUUAAAAGUGUUAAACUAUCUAUGGGAUAACCACACUGUAAACUUUCCUGCUUCUUUAAAAAGUGAACUUGUAUUUUGUAUUGUUUUUUCAUUUCUAUGAUCAUGUUGAUUUAUAUUUACACCACUUGAAACCUUUUUUUUUUCAAAUAAAUAUCUCUUUGAUUA